UGGAGGGCUUCCUUUAAGUACACAGGGGGCCUGGAAGGCAGGCUGCCAGGGAAUAUAUGGGGCUAGACAGCCUGCUUACUUGUAACACAAGGUCCCUUUACAGAAUUAUCCACGCUCCGCUGGAGCCGCCUGUCCCCGCCCCCUUCCGUCCCUCCAACAACACACAGCAUCCAUCCUCAUGGGCUCACACGCUGCGUGAUCCACAUCUCAAACCGACAGAGCGGUGGCUUGGCCGAGCCUCAUGGAGUAGUAGGACUACUAGUAGGAGGAGGUGGGCUGCUCUCGGCUACCUUUUGUUACUUCCCCCCCCUUUCUUUUAUGGAGUCGCCUUUUUGUCCGGAAUAUCGCUGCAUCCCAUAGCGGCUCCUCCAGGCGUCCAAGAAGCCUUCUCAGGUGAAUGCUUCCGGUUUCAGAGAACCGCGAGAGCAUCAUCCAUAAAACGGAGAACCUCAGUUUAAAUUCACUCGACAGCUAUCCGCCCAGUUGACGCGUCCUUGAAAAGGAGAGUGAGUUUCCUCCGGCUCUGCGACGACAGCAAGUUAAUGUUUGCGCUGAGCUUCCUUCAAGCGAAGACGAGGAUAGAUUAGAAGACGGCACAGAGAGGAAUGAUCCGUACGGGACCGGAGUCUUCCGCUGCAGAGCGAGCUCCUUUGAAUCUUAAGAGCACAUAGUCUCCUUGGAGACAAGAUGGCGUCCCACAACACUUUACGCAGCUACUCCAUCAUCCCCUGUUUCAUCUUUGUGGAGCUCGUCAUCAUGUCUGGCACCGUGCUCCUGGCCUACUACAUGGAGUGCACGGACCUCUUCAGCGUGCACGUGCAGGGCUUCUUCUGUAACGACGCCGAGCUGAUGAAGCCGUACCCCGGCACUGAGGAGUCCAGUUUCGUCCCUCCCCUCAUCCUCUACUGCGUGGUCGCUGCUGCUCCCACUGUUAUAAUCUUCAUCGGGGAAGUGUCCAUGUACGUGAUGAAAUCAACAAGGGAAGCUCUCCUUGCCCAGGAGAAAACGAUAGUCACAGGAGACUGUUGUUACCUCAACCCGCUCAUUCGCCGCAUCAUACGCUUUAUAGGUGUGUUUGCAUUCGGCCUGUUUGCCACAGACAUCUUCGUCAAUGCGGGCCAGGUAGUGACCGGCGGCCUCUCGCCCUACUUCCUGUCCGUCUGCAAGCCCAAUUACACCGGCACAGAGUGUCGGUUCAAUCACCAGUUUAUCGUCAACGGAAACAUUUGCACUGGGAAUCCCGUCGUUGUGGAGAACGCACGCCGGUCGUUCCCGUCCAAGGACGCUUCGCUGAGUGUUUACUCUGCUGUGUACCUGACGGUAAGUAGGAUGCGUCUGACCCUGUGGUUUUUACUCUGUGGGAUCUUUUGAGUCAGCGGCAGCUGC